GCUCCUGGUCUACAAACGUCAGUCGAGUUGAUCAUCUUUCUCGCAAAGUUGGUAGCCGAAUUGGGAGACACGACAGCUGCAAUACAAGCGUACGAAAAAGCUCUCCAGCUCGAGCCUGAGAAUUUGGACGUGAUGUUCAAGAUGGGCAUGCAGUAUUUGCGGAACAACAGUGAGGAUCCGGCAUUUGCAAUGCUUGGAAAAGCACUCAGCUACCAAUCUACUCAUCAACAGAGCAUUCUAGCAGCCGGUUCAAUCAUGCAAGCACAUGGAGAUCACGAUGUGGCGCUCAACAAGUACAGGUGA